AUGACGCCGAUCACUACGGCGGCUCCGAUCACGACCCCGGCUGCUAUCCCCGCCCUGACCGCCGUGCUCAUGCCCCCUCCACCCUCGGCAGGCUCGGGGGACGGUCUCGGCGCGUUCGUCGGAGUGGUAUUCGGCGGGGCAACGCCGCACAAGGCGCUGCUGUCGACGACGGUGCAUGUCCGCCCGCGCUCGCAGCAGCCGCCUCCGAAGGAGCUGGGACAUGAGACUUGGUUGCUGGAGCAUUCGGUUGUGGCCUGCGGGAGGAAGCCGUUGGGCACAGCAGUCGGGAACUUUAGGCAGGCCGAUGUUGCGCAAACUUCACCAUAUGCGCAGCAGCCGUUACCCAUCUCCUGUGGGCAUCGGAAGGAGCUGGUAGAGCAUCCUCUUGGACAGCACGCCGAGAUACCACUGCGGCGCAAAGCCAUCAUCGACUUCCAUGUCCUGGAGACCGUCCCGCGCCUGGACAACGCUGCAGAGAAGCGGCACCACCAGCAGGGCCAGCACGAUUGCAUGGGCGAUGAGGCGCAUGGCAAGAUUGCGACGGUGCAGUGCCGAGGCACCCAAUCGAGAGAAACAGAUCAGAUCGCGCGAAAGAAUCUAGGAUAA